GCAGGCUGUUGGUUCUGAUAGAGUUCAGAUGGGCUGCUCUGCUGGAGGCAGACGGACAAACACUGGGCUUUUAUUUUCUAUAUAUUUUAAUAUGCUUGAGGUUCACAGCAGAACAGGAAACCAGAAUUUGCAGUGAUCAAACUUGGAGUGAAUCCGUCAUCCAUGGAGUCCAAUCUGUCCGAGCUGUCCUCCGUCGAGGACGAGAGCCUCUACAUCCAGCCUCACUACCGGGAGUCGUACCGCCUGGCCGUCUACGCCCUGCUGUGCGGCGGCAUCGACGCCUACGAGGAGUACCUGCAGGCGGAGCAGGUCAGCCACUUCCUGUCCGAGGAGGAGAUCCGCUUCAUUUUGGAAAGCGCAGAGCUACCGGCUGUGGAUGAGGACUCAGGAAACGCAGACCGGGUCAGCCCCUCUACCUACUUCCCCAGCGAGUCCGAUGAGGAGGUUCCGGAGCUGGAGCUGGGCUGGCCGCAGGCCCGGCCGGACGCCGCCGACACCAGCAUCAGCCUGCUGUUCCACCCGCCCCGGCAGAACACGCCGACCAUUAAAGAGGUGGUGCGGAAACAGAUCCAGCAGGCGCGACAGAUUGUUGCCAUAGCGAUGGACGUUUUCACCGAUGUGGACAUUUUUAAGGAGCUAAUCAGCGCGGCUCUCAGAGGGGUGAUAGUCUACAUCCUCCUGGAUGACUCCCGGGUCAGCAGCUUCCUCAACAUGUCACGCAGUAUGGGCAUUAACCUCCAUGACAUCAAGAGCCUUCGUGUUCGGACGGUUCAGGGGGAACAGUAUCAGUGUCGGUCGGCAGCGAAGUUUCAUGGAGGCUUGGAACAGCGGUUUAUUCUGGUGGACUGCCAGACGGUUUUAUAUGGAACAUAUAGCUACACCUGGUCCUUUGAGAAGAUCAACCUGAGCAUGGUCCUAGUUAUUACCGGUCAACUAGUUUCUUCCUACGAUGAGGAGUUCAGAAGAUUAUAUGGUCGAUCCAUAAUUCCUGAAGCUCUGUCCACUGGGAGUCUUACAUCUACGUACCCAAAGUCCAGUCAGCUUUCUCUCAAUCUUCACAUGAAAUCCAGACCUAACAUGACAGUUUCAAUAAACGACAGGUUUAAUGAUGCAGCCACUUUAAACAGGGGCUUCAGUGUGCAGGAGAUGCUGCAUCAGUCUCACUUUACAGACACAGGGAACUUAAUGAGAGGUCACAGUUAUGGUGGCGAUUUGCAGAAGUUGAAUUCCACGAGUCGCCUGAGAAUGGGAACCAAGAACCUUGGAGUUCCUCUUUCUGGCACCCCCCUAAGGCACAGCAGAGACGUGCAGCAACCAAACAGACCAUCUCAGCAGCACCUGAGGCACCAGACUCGCUAUGGCACAGACCACAAUCUGAUACCGUUCAACUCUGAAACAUCUCUUAACAAAUGGAAGAUGGACACAUACCUAAUACAGAGCGAUAUACCUCCUGAUGCAGAGCCCCCUGUGAGUAGUCCACAUAGCAGUUACAUGGGCUUAAAUGAGUAUCAGUCACAGAUGAUUCACAACAGGUCGAUGAACAUUAAGUCUAGAAUGGAGGAAACGAGGCUAAAAAGGCUAAGCUUGCAGGAGCAUGCCAAUCUCAGGCAAAGUCAAGAAUCGUUGCGAUCCUUGCACUCAACUGCAGAAAGACCGCAACAUAUGAGAACCCAUCGUGGAAGACCGAGGGGUGUAGAAAUGAAUCCAAAUACAGAAAACACUCUCAAUCUGAAAGACAAUGAACUGUUUAAGGAAUCUGACAGAACAGAACAAUGUUUCAUGGAUAGUAAACGCUCGGCCUCUCACAGCAAUAUCAAAAUGGGUGCCGAUCGAAAGGCGAUGCCUGUGCACAACUAUGCUCCUGCAGGGACACAAUCAGAUACUGGAUUAGAUUCAAAACUCAGUGAUUCAACUCUCAAGAUCUCUAGUUUAAUUUCUGGCAGUCUCAGGCAGUCCAGGGUGAUGGAGUCUUUGACCGAGAUGCCUGAAGAAAAAGAGGCAUUAAACGCUCGUGGUGAUCGCUUUGAAUCAGCACUUAGAGACAAAAAUGAAAUGAGAUUUGAAGAUGAGAAUGUUGUCCAGGGAGAACACCUUAAGAAAUCAAGCUUACCUGUAGAAUCAAAUCAUCAUCAUAGGGCUGGUGAAAGUUAUGGUUCGAUCCAAAAUAAAAUAGACUCACCUCCUCCAAGAGAAGGAAACAAAUCCCUUCAUGUACCCUCAGCAGAAUUUGGUUGUCCUGCGGAGCCUCAAAGAGUUACUACAAAGAAAGAGCACACGCUGAAGGAAAAGAAAAUCUCCAUGAAAGAGAAACAGUCCAUACUGAGAUCCCAGGACACUUCGGACUCAAACCGAGCGCUCCAGGCAGACCUUUUUAAAGCGUCUUCUUUAGGGCGACUGAAUAUGAAAGAACCGUCAACAGAAACGUCCCAGCAGCAAAACUCUCUCAGUGGGCUAUCGGAGACAGAAAGACGGACAGAGAAACAGAAAUCUCCUUUCUCAAAGCUGUCCGCUCAGCGAUCAAGCAAAAGAAAGACAACCCUUUCGGCAGAUCAGGACCAAGGCUCAACAGGCGCUCCGGACAAAGAAGCAGCGUCGGGCUCUCAAGUCAAGAAAGAAAGGGCUUACAGUCGCUAUGAGCUCCUGAUUAGCAAUGAUAACAUCCACCUGGAUAAGACAGGAAGGUCGACGAAGAGCUCAGACAAAUUGAAAAGCUUGUCCCUAACUAGACGGGGUGACGACUUUCGUACGCAUCAGACACAAGGGGGCGCUGACAACAAACUGGGGCGACUAAUGCAGCGAAUGGGAAAUCUGAUGAAUAAAAAUAAAUAGGCACAUCCGGUAGGGGGCGCUGGUCAGUUUGUCCUUUUCUAAGUUGAACCUUUGCAGUUUUGAUCAGUAUGUCCCACUGUGGGACAAUUCAUACAGGUGAUGUGUCAAUCCAUACCUUCAUGAUUGAAGGUAAUUUUCUAUAUUCUACUUAUAGCUUAAUGUGAAUCCAAUGGGAUAAAUCAACAGUAGCAGCAGGGGUCAUAAACUGUCAUGUUUAACAAGAGGCAAAUUGAAAAAUACACAUAAAAUCCAAAAUAAAUGAGAUUCUUCAAUCUUCACAUGUAGCAGACAUACAAAGGAAUCAAAAUUACGUUUUUCAAGAUAUUCCUGACACUAAGUACCAAUAAAGCAGACCUGUCAUCAUAGUUCAAAAAUAUAAUAAAAUUUCUACAUUUGCAAAUAAACUAUUUUACUAAAUUAUUUGUGAGAUUUUAGCAUUGACUUUAGCAUGGUGCAAUAGUUGCUAGGACUGUUGCCUUGCAGCAAGACGGUCCUGGGUUGGUACCCCAACAUGUGGCCUUUCUGCAUGGAGACUGCAUGUUCUCCCAGAGCAUGGUGAGUUCCCUCCAGGUACUCCCACUUCCUCCCACAGUCCAAAAACACAACUGUGUGGCUAACUGGUCUCUGUCCAGGGUGUCUCUCAUCCGAUAACCACCGGAGAAAGGCCUCCAGACACCCAUGCCUCUGCAAGCAUAAGAAUUUACAGACAAUGGACAAGAGGGCUGGAUUUUAACAUUUCCAUGAUUAUGUGUCUCAAAAUGUCAUGAAAUACAGAGAAUGAAACGCUUUGCUUACAGGUAAUAGAGAGAAGUAGGAAGGGAGGAAACUGCUACAUGUAGACAGCAGGGAUACGGAGAGAUGAAAGGUCAAAGAGAAGUUGAGGCUUCUCUCUCUUACGUUGUGUUGUUGCUUGGAUCCCGUACCCAACCCUGAUGUUUACACACCUAAGGUUUACAUAUCUGCACUUUGCAAGUUUUUCUGUUGAAGAGUAUUUUUAUUUUUAUUAAAAGUGUUGCAGUAGUUCUACUGGACAAGAAAUCUGUAACUAAAGCAGGGAUUUUCUAAUAAUAUUGAAACAGUAAGCUUCAACGUGUCCCAAAUAAAUCCAUGUAAAUAUUAAAUAUUACUGUACAGUUAUGGUAAAAAGAAAGUACUUUUCCAUUUUGCUUCAUCUUUGUUUUAAUAAAUUAUGAUGUGGUGAAA